AUGAUCUCAGAUGAUACACAAAGAGUGAGUGAAUGUAUUAAUCAUAAACGAUUACUUGAAGCAUUCUGUACAGACUGUCACGUAUUGAUCUGUCCAACAUGUCUCAUGUUUGGAGAUCACAAAGGACAUUUGGUUGAUUAGAUGGACAAGGCAACAAAAGACUUAAGAGCAUCAAUGGAUUAAUCUGCAAGAAAAGGACUUUUGAAGUUGGAAAAAACAGAAACCGUACUUGUCGACAUUAGACAUACAAAACUCACAUUUGAAGAAUCAAAAUAGAAAGUACUCAAGGAAAUAGAUUAAACUUUCAAUACAAUAUUCUAAUUAAUUAAAUAGCGAAAAGAUGAAGUAGUUAAUUUGAUCAAUCAGCAUUAUGAAAUACAAGUCAAUAAUAUUGACACCUAAGAAAAAAUUUGGAUGGAUAAACAAUCUAGGGCUUAUGAUAUUAUUAAACUAGCUAGGUCAUCUAAUGAUUAUUAAUUAUUGGAGAAAGCAACAUAUAUAUUGGAAAGCUUGGAGAUAUUGAGAUAAACACCCACUUAUAAAAAUGUAUACAUUGUUAAUUCUAUUGACACCACUUUCAAUACGAAUAAUAUUUCAUUAAAUUUGUCAUAGUUUUAGAAAGGAUUGCAAAACUGGAUCAAAUUAGGUGAAUCUGUCUUAAUAUAAUUUAAAUGUUGA